AUGUCAUCAACUUCAUCUUCAUUACAACCCAUUGCUAAUUAUUUAAUACUUUCAUUACCUAAAUCUACUAAUGCAAGGGAAUGGUUAGAACAAUCAUUAAAUAAUGGGAAACAACCAUUAUAUAAUUUAAAAGUACCUGAUUUUCAAAGUGGUACAUUAGAUUCAUUAGUUCAAGAAAGUGAAGAAUUAAGUAAAAUAGAUCAACAAUUGAAUGGAUCGGUUACUAAAAUUGUUGAACUUUUAAAUACAGUUACUUCGAGUACUUCAACAACUAGAAUAAUUCAAUCAAGAUCAAUUUUUGAUUAUGUUCAAAAUUUUCAAUGGAAUACAUCAAAAUAUAGAUUAGAUAAACCAAUUUCACAAUUAGUUAAACUUAUAUCUAGUGAAGCAUUACAAUUAGAUUCUGAUGUCAAAUCAAGUUAUCAAAAUUAUCAAACUGCGAAAUCAAAUUUUUUAGCAGCUGAUCGUAAAAAAAAUGGAGAUUUAUCAAUUAAAUCGUUACAUGAAUUAGUUAAACCAGAACAAUUUAUUCUUGAUUCUGAGCAUUUAACAACUAUUUUAAUUGCUGUACCAAAUUCAUUAGUUUCUGAUUUUAAUAAAACUUAUGAAACUUUAACACAAUUUGUUAUACCUAGAUCAGCAAAUAUAAUUGCAAAAGAUUCAGAAUUUACAUUAUUUACAGUUUCAUUGUUUAAAAAAUAUCAACAAGAAUUUAUUAAUAAAUCAAGAGAACAUAAAUGGCAUCCAAGAACUGAUUUUAUAUAUGAUGAAGAUAUUUUAAAUAAUUUAAGAAAAGAAUUUGAUUUAACAAAAGCAACUGAAUCAAAAUUAAAAAAUGAAGUUAUAAGAUUAACUAAAACCGCAUAUUCUGAUAUGAUACAAAAUUGGAUUCAUAUUAAAAUUAUAAGAGUUUAUGUUGAAAGUGUAUUAAGAUAUGGAUUGCCACCACAAUUUGAUGAUUAUUUGAUAAAAUUUGAAGGUAAUAAUUUAAAAAAUUUAAAUAAAGCUAAAAAGGAAUUAAAUGACAAAUUUUCAUAUUUAGGAGGUAAUGGUUAUACUGAAACAAAAUCCAAUAUUCUACAUGAAUAUGCAUCAUUAGUAGAUACAGAAUAUGAACCAUUUGUUUUAUAUGAUUUAGAAAUUAUUUAA